AUGGACAUUUUAAAAGCAGAGAUAGCUAGGAAAAGAAAGCUUUUGGAAGAAAAAAACAUUUUAAAUCCUUCUAAAAAGUACUUCAAGCGCAGCGAUCUAUUGGCCAAAGAACAAGAAGAGUAUUUGCAGAAAUAUGGACCACAGAAAGAUAUUGAAAAUAUCGCAAAAAGUGAAAAAGCUGAAACAGUCAAAAACCAGUAUAAUGAAAGUGAGCAGAAUGAAAAUGCUUCAUUACCAAGGUAUGAGGUGAUUAAGAGGUUACGUGAACGGGGACUUCCAAUAUCACUCUUUGGAGAGUCAGAACUUCAAUCAUUUAAAAGAUUAAGAAGAAUAGAGAUUUUAGAACCUGAAGCAAAUAAGGGAUUCCGUAAUGACUUUCAAGAAGCUAUGGAUGAAGUGGAUCAAGCUUACUUAAAUGAAAUUUUGGCACUGGGAGCCCAGAGUGACAUUGAGAAAUUACAAAAAGAGGAGGCACUUGAUGAGUCAAUUUCAUAUGACACUAUUCAGGAAAUGGCUAAAACUAUGGGCCAAGGUGAUAGAAGUCAUGACAUGAAUGUUAUUAUGUCUUUGUUACAGUUUUUAUUAAAUCUAUGGGGCCAGCAGCUUACAUCUGCUACAGCUGCGGAGAAAACAUCAACAAAACACAAAAUGACUAGAGCAACAUACACACAGACACAAGUGUAUCUUAAGCCUUUAAUGAGGAAAUUAAAAAAGAAGAAUCUGCCGGAAGAUAUUUGUGACAGCUUGACGGAGAUCACAAAACAUUUGCUUGAGAGAAACUAUAUCAUGGCAAGUGACGCUUACCUCCAAAUGGCGAUAGGAAAUGCCCCAUGGCCCAUUGGAGUGACCAUGGUGGGUAUCCACGCUCGUACGGGACGUGAAAAGAUCUUCUCUAAGAACGUAGCGCAUGUGAUGAACGACGAAACUCAAAGGAAAUACAUACAAGCCCUCAAAAGACUGAUGACCAAGUGCCAAGAAUAUUUUCCAACUGACCCCUCGAGAUGUGUGGAAUAUACUAAGAUUAAAUGA